AUGGACGUCAAGGCUUCUUCGAUUCGUGGGCAGGUGGAUUUCAAGCCACCCAGGCAGUACGGCCGAGCACCGCUUCCUUUGGAGGCAGUGGAGCCAGCCAGCGAGAUCGUGAAGCGCUUCCGCACAGGUGCCAUGUCCUAUGGGUCAAUCUCCAUGGAGGCCCACAGCACACUCGCGAUCGCAUUGAAUCGCCUUGGUGGAUUCUCAAACACAGGCGAGGGUGGCGAAGAUCCGGCUAGGUACGAGCCACUGCCCAAUGGAGAUUCACUGAAAUCUGCCAUCAAGCAGGUGGCAUCAGGGCGCUUCGGUGUCACAAUGGAGUACCUGGCCAACGCGCAGGAGCUACAAAUCAAAAUGGCGCAAGGUGCAAAACCAGGCGAAGGAGGAGAGCUGCCAGGAAAGAAAGUGCAUGGAGGCAUCGCCAAGACACGAAACUCCACACCUGGUGUUGGCCUCAUCUCUCCCCCACCUCAUCACGACAUCUACUCGAUCGAAGACCUUGCCCAGCUGAUCUUUGAUCUCAAGAACUCCAACCCAGAUGCUGGUGUCAGCGUGAAGCUGGUCAGCGAGAUUGGCGUCGGUGUGGUGGCCACCGGAGUGGCAAAGUGCAAGGCAGACCACAUCUUGAUCUCUGGUUGCGACGGCGGUACCGGGGCAUCGAAGUGGACCGGCAUUAAGCACGCUGGUGCUCCAUGGGAGAUUGGCUUAGCUGAGACUCACCAGACCUUGGUGCUGAACGGUCUGCGCGGUCGCGUCACUCUGGAGACGGAUGGACAGCUCCGGACUGGCCGGGAUGUGGUCAUCGCUGCGCUCUUGGGAGCAGAGCGCUUCGGCUUUGCGACGGCGCCCCUGAUUGCGAUGGGUUGCAUCAUGAUGCGAAAGUGCCAUCUCAACACUUGCCCUGUUGGUAUUGCUACGCAAGACCCUGUUUUGCGCAAGAAGUUCGAGGGACUGCCAGAGCACGUCGUGAACUACCUCAUGCUCGUGGCCGAGGAGGUGCGCGUGCUCAUGGCAAAGAUGGGUUUCAGAAACAUGGAUGAGCUCAUCGGUCAUGCCGAGGUCUUGCGGACCGAUCCGGCAGUCCGAACCGGGCCACUCCUUUUGGAUCCGAUCCUGGCAGCGGCGCAUCAGCUCCCUGACGCUGGCAAAAUGGGCAACAUCGAGAAUCGCAAGCUCUAUGGGCAGGAGCACUUCAUGGUUCUGCAGCGAAUGAUUGACAGAACGCUAGUGGAGGACUGCAAAAUGACUUUCCGCUACGGCGAGCGGUCCUACGUUCAGUACAACCAUUUGAACAAUGCGGACCGCACUUGUGGGACCUUGUUGUCCCACGAGAUCUUCAAGCGGUGGGGCAGCAGCCUUCCUCCUGGAACGUGCCACAUGAAGCUAUUUGGCACGUCGGGCCAGUCAUUCGGCGCCUUUUCUGUCAAGGGUGUGCUGCUCGAGUUAGAGGGUGACUCGCAGGACUACUUCGGCAAGGGCUUGAGUGGAGGUGCUCUCGUCGUGUACCCACCGAAAAAGGCGGUAGAGCAAGGCUUCGAAGCUGCAAAGAACAUCAUCAUCGGCAACACAGCCUUGUAUGGGGCAACAUCGGGUGUCUGCUUCGUGAACGGCAUCGCAGCAGAGCGGUUUGCAGUGCGCAACUCCGGCGUUUGGGCUGUCGUGGAGGGUGCCGGCGACCAUUGCUGCGAGUACAUGACAGGUGGACGCGUCCUUGUCCUGGGUUCCGUUGGGGACAACUUUGGAGCCGGCAUGAGCGGAGGGAUCACCUGGAUCUGGGACCCGUCCCAGACCUUCGAGAGCCGAUCCUUACCGCAG